AUGGCGGAUGUCUUCAGUUCAGCCACCGAACCUCGCCUUCUCGCUGAAAUGAUGACAGAGAUUCCGGCCUUGGACAUUCUGGAAAUCAAGUAUGUCGCGACCAUGAUGUCCUCUGAACUCUUGGGGAAGCAUGUGAUCGGUCGUUUGGAUUGGGGGGAACCUGCUUUGGCAGAUCCUGUGAAGGACCAGUUCACGGAUGGAGUUGCUAGGUCUCAGGUGAUCUGGACCUGA